ACGGGAACAGAAAGAGGCAGCUUCACACUCCCACCAACGUCCUCCUCGUCUCUCUGGCUGUCUCCGACUUCCUUGUUGGUCUCCUCAUGUUCUUUCAGAUUAUUCUCAUAAACGGCUGCUGGUUCCUAGGAGACAUUAUCUGUGUUUUGUACCAGUAUCUGGCUUAUACUAUCACUGCAGCCUCGAUAACGACCAUGGUGCUGAUAUCUGUAGACCGUUAUGUUGCCAUUUGUUAUCCUUUGCAAUACUCCACUAAAAUGACACCAAAGGUAGUUAAGUUCCUUGUUUGCCUGUGUUGGUCUGGUUCUAUGAUAUUUCAGUGUGUGAUCCUGAAGGACGACCUGCAAAAGCCAGGCAGAUAUAACUCCUGUUAUGGCGAGUGUAUCAUUGUCGUUAACUACAUUGUGGGAUUUAUUGAUAUGACCUUGAACCUGAUUCUCCCCAUCACUGUUAUUGUAAUUCUGUAUCUGAGAAUAUUCAUGGUGGCGGUGUCUCAGGCCCGUGCGAUGCGCUCUCACAUUGCGGCUGUUAAUCUCCAGGGUCCCUUAGCCAGGAUGAAAUCUGAGAUGAAAGCAGCUCGGACUCUUGGUGUUGUUGUUGUUGUGUUUCUUCUGUGCAUGUGCCCCUAUUUUUGUGUUGCUCUCACAGGUCAGGACCAGUUGCUUAAUGCAUCAUCUGCAACGUUUGUAAUAUAUUUAAUUUACUUUAACUCCUGCCUAAACCCUAUUAUCUAUGCCUUUUUCUAUCCCUGGUUCAGAAAAUCUAUAAAACUUAUUGUGACACUUAGUAUAAUGCUGCCUAACUCCUGUGACAUGAAUGUGAUGUAG